AUGACUGAUCAGUGUUCUGCCAUGGCUGCUGCAAUCAUGCAAGUAUUUCCAAAUUCAAAACAUAGGCUAUGUAUUUGGUACAUUGGGGAGAAUUCAAAAAAGCACAUCAAAGGAUUGAGAAUGCAAAAGGGUUUCAUAGAGUUAUUUAAUUUUCUGUUAAAGUAUAGUGAUACAGAAGCUGAAUUUGAAUUUUACUGGAAUAGGAUGGUGACUGACUAUAAUAUUCAUAAGAAUGUUUGGUUAGAUAGAUUAUAUAAUAUUAGGGAGAAGUGGUGUCCUGCUUUUAGCAAACAGUAUUUCUCUGGUGGUAUUUUAUCCUCGCAAAGGAGUGAGUCUACUAAUCAUUCAAUUUCUAGAAGACUUUCAAAAACAGCUGGAUUGUGUGAUUUUUAUAAUUCAUUUGUUAGUGUGAUUUCUGAGUGGAGGAGCAGGGAGAGUGGUGAAGAUGUUCGCUGUUCUCAAGGUUUGCCAUCAAUCGCUAUGAAUUACGUGAAGUUACUUUCACAUGCUAGAGAAGUUUACACUAUUGUGAUAUACUUUUUAUUUGAGGAACAAUUCUUGAAAGGUUCUUCAUGCCAUCAAGAUUUGGUGGGGGUCAGUGGUGAGGUAAUGAAAUAUCAUGUUUGGCGUCCUGAUGUUGAUUUGAUUCGUCAUGAGGUUUGUUUUAGUGUUAAGGACUUGGAUAUAUCAUGUAGUUGCAGGUUGUUUUCAGAGAUGGGGAUUUUGUGCUCUCAUUCUCUUCGCAUUUUAAAUAUUCACUGUGUUGCAACAAUCCCUGAUAAGUAUAUUCUUAAAAGAUGGACUAAAAGGGUUGUUGAAGACCGGACAGUAGAGAAUGUUUGUGGUGUUGCUUCAAGUGGUUGGGUUAUACAAAUUGGUAGAAAGUUUCAGCGGUUGGUUUUAUCUAGUCAAGACAAUUCUAAAGCUCGGGAAGCAUGUGAAGAUGCCUUUUAA